GGUUUUUCUAUGCGGGCUAUUUAUGUAGGGUCAGAGCCAGAUGUCAUUCCCCCCAUAUCCCUCAGCAUGACAUCCAAGCAAGAUGAAGUGGGCAUGCACAAGGGCUUUGAAUUUCCUCAUUCUGGCAAUUCAAAUCGCAAUGCAUUAAAGUGCACGCUCGUAGGCCUGGAGGCAGGCGUAGGACAUGCUAUCAUAUUUGCAUCAGGCAGUGCGAUGACAGCAACCACCUUACAGUCUCUAGGUCCAAAUGUGCACAUCCUGAGCGUGAAU